CAGAUAAAGAAUCGAACAUUUAUUCUGAAAUAUCUUAUUUUUUUCUUGAAAAUCAACUCAUACUAUAUUAUACUACCCUUCUAAUCGGAUUCACUGAAAUUGAAGUAGAAUAUUGAAAGAAAAUGUGAGGGUAAUUUAUCAUUACAGAUCCUUCUGAUCCAAUUCGGUGAAAUUGAAGGGAAAUUGGGUGAAUUGUGCAGAAAUUGCACGGAGUUGAGUAGAAUUAGUCGAUAAUUUGAGUUUCCAACUGAGGGGGAAAAAAGUGGGAUUGGAUGCGGAAUUCUGAUUUACGAGUUGGAAUUGAAGAUAGACAAGGAGCGAUUUAAUAGUGAUAUCAAGGAAAGCAAUUGGUCAAUUUUUGCUGUUGUAUGGCAACUCAUGUUGAGCCUCCGAAUGGGGUGGGAACACCAGGGAAGCAUUACUAUUCCAUGUGGCAAACACUGUUCGAGAUUGAUACGAAGUAUGUGCCAAUCAAGCCUAUUGGUCGAGGGGCGUAUGGUAUUGUCUGCUCGUCUGUCAACAGGGAAACCAGUGAAAAGGUUGCAAUCAAAAAGAUAUAUAAUGCCUUUGAAAACCGCAUUGAUGCACUAAGAACUCUGCGUGAAUUGAAGCUCCUCCGCCAUCUUAGACAUGAAAACAUCAUAGCUCUGAAGGAUGUUAUGCUUCCAAAUCAUAAGAGAAGCUUCAAGGACGUCUACUUGGUUUAUGAGCUUAUGGAUACUGAUUUGCAUCAGAUAAUUAAGUCGUCCCAAACACUGUCGAAUGAUCAUUGUCAGUAUUUCCUAUUCCAGUUACUUAGAGGUCUGAAGUAUCUACACUCAGCAAACAUUCUUCAUCGGGAUUUGAAGCCUGGGAACCUACUUAUCAACGCAAACUGUGAACUGAAAAUAUGCGAUUUUGGGCUAGCACGUACAAGCAGUAGCCAGGGCCAAUUCAUGACUGAAUAUGUGGUCACUCGAUGGUAUCGUGCACCAGAGCUACUUCUCUGCUGUGACAAUUAUGGCACCUCUAUUGAUGUGUGGUCUGUCGGUUGCAUUUUUGCCGAACUUCUUGGUCGAAAACCCAUUUUUCCUGGUACAGAGUGUCUUAACCAGAUUAAACUGAUUAUCAACAUCCUCGGUAGCCAGAGGGAAAAUGAUCUCGAGUUUAUUGAUAACCCAAAGGCGAGAAAGUACAUUAAGUCACUUCCUUACUCCUUCGGAACUCCUUUCUCCCGCCUUUAUCCAAACGCCCAUCCUCUGGCCCUCGAUCUGUUACAGAAGAUGCUUGUCUUCGACCCUACGAAGAGGAUAAGUGUAACAGAAGCACUUCAACACCCAUACAUGUCUCGCCUUUACGAUCCAAGAUGUGACCCUCCCAUUAAUGUUCCAAUCAAUCUCGACAUAGACGAGGAUUUAGACGAAGAUAUGAUUCGAGAAAUGAUGUGGAUGGAAAUUCUUCAUUACCAUCCUGAAGCUUCUGCAGCCAAUAUGGAGGUGAACAAGUAAUGGUUAGUUUCUCCAUUGCUGGUGAUUUGAUCUUUGUUUUUGUAACAUCAGAACUUUAUAUGUAUCUUUGGUUGUCUUUUUAUUUAUUUCUAUAAUCCUUGAAAAACAAUACAUUAGCAGUUUAGGCUGUUAAUGCGCUUUCUCUGUUUAUGAAAGUUGUUUCACUUCUUGGAAACUUUUUGGACAA